ACGGCGUCAUGACGUAGGAGCCAGCUGGACGUUAGCGUCGUCUCUGCUGUGUGUUAGCCUAACAUCACGACCUUUGAAAGUGUAGCCGUGGACUCAAAUGAAUGGUUUCUCCUGACUGAAGUGCUCCGUGUGUUAGAUGCUAUAAUGAGCGUCCUGUGUCGCAGGUUCAUGAGAGGACUGUUAUGCGGACAGCCGCAGUGGUUGUCUGUAGUCGGAGCUCAGUGUUUUUGUAGCGGAGUGUCUCGGCUAGACUCUGUUCGGCGUGACAGCGCUGCUGCCUCUACCAGCCCUGUGAACUUGACGUAUGACGUGUUUGAUGGGAAAGGGGAGAGCACACCUCUGGUUUUUCUACACGGUUUAUUUGGGAGCAAAUCAAACUUUCAUUCUAUAGCCAAGUCCCUGGUACAGAGGACAGGCCGGAAGGUGCUGACCAUAGAUGCUCGUAACCAUGGAAAGAGCACUCACAGUCCAGUUUUGACGUAUGAGGCAAUGACCAACGAUCUGAAGCAUUUGCUUAGCCAACUGCACAUUGGAAAGUGUGUCCUAAUUGGGCACAGCAUGGGAGGAAAGGUCGCUAUGGCCACGGCUUUGUCACAGCCCAGUUUAGUUGAGGGUCUCAUUGUGGUAGACAUAAGCCCUGCUCCAACGUCAGUACGCACAAAUUUUCGCACCUAUAUUGAGGCUAUGAAGGAGGUGAACAUAGCCACUGACAUCCCACGCUCUACAGCACGAAGAAUGGCUGAAGAUCAACUACGAAAGCAUGUUAAAGAACAUUCAGUCCGACAGUUCCUCCUCACAAAUUUGGUGGAACAGAAUGGACAUUAUGCCUGGAGAGUAAAUUUAGAAGCGAUAUCAAAUCACCUGGAAGACCUCAUGGGUUUUCCUGAAUUUAACAGCACCUAUGAAGGUCCCACACUCUUCCUGGGUGGAAGUAGCUCAGCAUACAUCAGCUCUGAGGAUUACCCAGAGAUUCAGCGACUCUUUCCAAAUGCAGAUAUCCAGUAUAUCCCUGAUGCUAGUCACUGGAUCCAUGCUGACAAGCCUCUCGACUUCAUCAGCUCUGUUAUCACUUUCCUGCAGUCCUAGUCCUCUGAGCUAAUUCAUCCAGGUAGGCACUGUGGUAUACAGACAGUGAGGAGUUUUGAGGCCAUGGACCAAACUAACCUUGUUUUUAAUAUCGGGCCUUGUCCAUUACCUUCUAAUGCACAACAGCGUUCACAGAUACUGAAUAGUUUGAUUUUCCUCUAAAACAGUUCUCAGUCUAAUACAUUUAAAUGGCAUUGUGCUUUUGUGGGGUUUUAGAUUUUGCUUUGCUGUCAAGUAUUGUUUCUAAUGUUCAAAAUUGAUGCUAUGUAUCAGAUGGCUGUUUAUGAUUUUUGGGUCACCUAGAUGGCCCUUUAUUUUUUUUGGGGGAUCUGUAAUAGGAUAUGCACUUGUCAAUCCACAUUCUCCAGCAGACAUUCUUUCUUUAUUCUCAUAGGAAGUCCAAAGAUGCCUAUGCAAUAUGGGCCUGGCUUUUGGCACUGUUCUUAAGCAUACAUGAACUUCACACUGUCAUACACAAGUACAUUCUAGAAGAUAAAUGAGACCACAUCACUUUAAUAGACAAGCUGUUCCAUAAUAUUUUCUUUUGGUAGCACUCAUGGUUCACCUGUGUGGACAUCUUGUGCUGUUUGCAAUUUUAAAUUCAGCCCCAAAAGGGAUCACGUUUUUUUGCCAGUGUUAUCAGACAGUAUAUAUACUUCUACAAUAUAGAAGAUAUAUACCAAUUAUAUCCUACAUUGUUAUUAAUAGUUUUUUCAGAGGUUUUAAUAAGGGUUUAUAGAGGUGUCAGUUGUUGUGUUUUCAUGUUUGUUAUUUUGUAUAUUCAUGUAAGUGGCAUGUAGUUGUGUUGUGAUAGGUGUUUAACCAAAACUGACAUGUAUAACUAUAAUACCUUAUAUGCUAAAGAGCUAUGCUGCCGGGUAUUAAACUCUGAAAACCUCUGUUCAUCAGGUUCAAUAGCCCUGUCUUAUAUGGCCGCCUUUGUUAACCGUGAAUGUGUCUGUCUGUAGUUUGUGACUGAUUGGUAUUUUAUAUUAUUAUAUUGAACAUAUUCAUGAAUUAUUACUAUUGGAUACAGAUAAGAGGUAAAUAUUUAUAUUUUAUGACUAUGAUGUCAUAACAUGAAUCUUCUGCUAUAUAUGUAUAUGUGUGACAGUGGUAUUUUAGGAUUAUGAAAUGCUGCAAAAUUAAACUCCAAAGCAAGUGUUUUAAUCAAUUACAGAGCUGCCCACUUGCAUAUUAACUGUAUAUGGUAGAACACGAGUAUCAUGUAGUAGAUAUGCUAUAUAUAGUGGUCUUAUGUCUGUGAGGAUGGGUUGUGUUGCAGGAGUGUUUGUGUGUGUGUAUAAAUGCACAUGGGAAUAUGUAUUUUUCAGAAAUAUCUUUCUUAAACAACUGAAGUUUAUGUUUAAAACAGUGCAGAUGCAUUGUGUAUUGCCAGAUACUUUUUAUCAGAGAGGUAUAAUUACUUUUUUUAGGGCUUUUUGGGUGUCGUAGAGACAAAAGAUGGUUUGCCUUGGAAGGUCAGCAGGUCCAUGGACAGUUUCUCCAAGCAGAAUAAAUGGAAUGUUUCUGUGUAUCCUAAGAUUGAAUAUCCUGUCAUAUGUUUGUAUUUAAAAGUCAAAUGCAGGAUAAUAUAGGAUAAUUAUCCUAGACAUCGAAUUUGUUAAAAAAUAUUAUUAUUAGUUUUUUUUGUUUUGUUUUGUUUUUUUUUUUGCUUAGAAUGUUAAGGAUUGGAACUCAUAUGUGAUUGUAUGUAGGCACUUCCAGAGUAAUGUCCCAGUGUCAUUACUUUUAAUACACUGUAGUCAAUCAAUUGUAUUAUUUAGUUUAACUAAUUGGUUAAUAUAUUUAUAAGUUUUUAUUGCUUUUUUGUAGUCUCUGAAUAAUCAAUUAUUUAGGUGUCAAUUAAUGAUGUUUACAAACAGUAUUUGGUAUACAGUACCCUCAGUACUUUAAUAUGUAUUUAUAUCUACUAAAAUAGCAAGUUACAACUUAUAAAUUUGCACAGUCUUAGUAAACAUUAUUUUGCUUGUGAUGGAGUGUAGCAAAAACAGAAUGUAAACUCAUGUUUCAUUGUAGGAUCAAUUUAAUUGUCUGAUUCUGAGGACCUUGGACUUCAAAGAACACUUGGUUUCAAUGGCUUACUGGUGUUUAAUACUUCUGUAUACAGUCGACCCAGUGUAGCCAUUAGGUGGGAUUUGAUUGCACAAAAAACCUGUUAUUGCAAACAGCAAUACAUGGGGCCAAACUCUAAACAUGCACCAGGGCUCCUCUCAGUGGCUGAAGUGUAUCUGUUAUAUUUGUGUGUUUCCCCUGUUAUCUCAUAAAAUCUGAUCAGUUUGUGUGAAUGUAUUCACAAUGCAUGCCAGACGUUUUCUCUGUACACCUGUCCAACUAAAUAAAUGUCCAAGUUUUCAGAUCA